AAAGUUAUUCUGUGAUAUGUCAUUGUGAUCUGUGGUAUUUUUUAUUAGCUUAAUUUCUUUUUAUUGACCGGAUGUGUGUUUAAUAAAGUUUUAUUAAAAUUGUAUAAACAAUUAAAUAACCAACAUUUAAAUCAUAUAAUACAUAUUACAGCCACAUAAUUUCCCUAUUAUAUAUAUAUUUUUAAAUAUUAUCGUACAAUGGGCGAUGGAAAAAAAAUUAAGAUUGGUAUAAUUGGAGGCUCUGGAUUCGACGAUCCAACGUUAUUCGAGAACCAAAUCGAACGGGAAGUUACCACACCCUUUGGGAAGCCGUCCGAUGUCCUCAUCGAGGGGGAGAUCAAGGGGGUGCCAUGUGUGCUGCUGGCGAGACAUGGCAGGAAACAUCAGUACCAACCGAGCGAUGUGAACUACCGCGCCAACAUCUGGGCCCUGAAAGAAGCUGGCUGCAGCCACGUGCUGGCCACCACCGCCACCGGCUCCCUGGUGGAGGAGUACAAGCCUGGCGACCUCGUUAUACUGGACGACUUUAUUGACAGAACAUGGGGUCGCAAGUGCACUUUCUUCGACCGAACGGAAGGAGGGCCGCGUGGGGUGUGCCACUUGCCUAUGAGGCCUGCAUUUUGCGAGCGAGCGAGACAGGCGAUGCUAAAAGCUGCACGUGCGAAAGGAUACGCAUGUCACGACAAGGGUACUGCUGUUGUCAUACAAGGACCUAGAUUUUCUAGCCGCGCCGAAAGUUUGAUGCACCGUCAGUGGGGCGGUCACUUGGUGAACAUGACCACUGUGCCAGAGGUAGUGCUAGCUAAAGAAGCAGGCUUGAGUUACGCGGCUGUCGCGCUUGUUACAGACUAUGACUGUUGGAGGGAAAACGAAAACUCAGUGUCAGUGAGCGAGGUGCUGGCGAUGUUCAGCAAGAACGUGCGGAAGGCGGCUGACGUGGUGAUCGACGCCGUGCAGAUACUCGCCGCCGACACUGACCUUACAUACCUCGACGGACAUCAGGAUCUGGUGUGCGGUGCAAUAAUGCUGAAGGAAUAACAUUAUAAAGGAUAAUAUUAAUGCAUAGUCAUAUUCACCUAGUGACAACAAAAUUUUUUUUCGAAUAAUGAUUAAAUUUUAUUUUCUACACGUUAUUAGCAAAAGAAUCUAUUUUCAUAUAGGGAUUUUUUAUACUCUUUAUUUUUUUAAUUUUUUUUUUAUAAGAGCUCGAUAUGUGAUUAAUAUUCAUAGUACACUCUAUGGAGAGUUCAUGAACAUAAGCAACCCAUGAUUUACGUAGUUUUUGUUUAGUCCAGUCGACCCUGUUAUGUUUAUGUAUAAUACCUCCAAACACUUUUUAUGUAAUUAAUUUGUAUAACUAGUAAUAAAUAAUUUGAAGAUGAAGCACAAGUUGCCUUUAGGUAUGUGGAAAAUAAAUGUCUAUAUAUUCA